AAUAGGGAAACUUGUCAAUCUUAUUAAAGCUGAUCUUAAUACAAACCAGUUAACAGGUCAUAUUCCUGUAGAAAUAAGUAACUUGGUCAACGCAAAACACUUCUAUGCUAACUCCAAUGAAUUGUCUGGUCUCAUUCCCAGUGAGUUGGGGAAUCUGAAAAAUCUCACUAGUCUGGAUUUAUCCAGUAAUCAACUUACUGGUUCAAUUCCUGCUUCAUUUGGCAACUUGAGAAACUUGCAAGCUCUCUCUCUCUAUCACAACAAACUUUCAGGUUCCAUUCCUAAAGAACUUGAAUAUUUAGAUAACUUGGUUGUGCUGGCAUUGGGUGUAAAUCAGUUUUCAGGCCAAUUGCCAGAGCAUCUUUGCCAAGGUGGGAAGCUUGUGAGCUUCUCGGUGACUAGUAACAAGCUGACAGGGUCAAUACCACGAAGCUUGAGCAAGUGCUCGAGUUUCCGAUGGGUUCGUUUUUCUAACAACAGUUUCACUGGAAAUUUAUCUGAAGCUUUUGGCAUCUAUCCAGAGCUUCAGUUCAUUGAUUUGAGUGACAAUGAUUUUCAUGGUGAACUCAGCAGCAACUGGGGGAAAUGCAAGAAUCUGACUAAUCUGCAGAUAGCCAGAAAUAACAUUAGUGGUAGAAUACCACCAGAGAUCGGAAAUCUCAAAAGGCUUCUAGGACUUGAUCUUUCAUCGAAUCAUUUAGCUGGGCAGAUUCCUAAGGAAUUUGGAAAAUUGACCUCUUUAGUUAAAUUAAUUGUGAAGGACAACCACAUUCAUGGUAGAAUUCCUACAGAGCUUGAGUCACUAACAAAGUUAGAGUCCCUUGAUCUGUCAGAUAAUAGAUUGAACGGGUCGAUUCCAACAUUUAUAGGAGAUUACAUGAGAACGUUUCUCUUGAACCUGAGCAACAACAAGUUCGGCCAGAAAAUUCCAGAAGAGAUAGGGAGGAUAACUCAUCUCAGUGUACUUGAUUUGAGCCAUAACCUUCUUGAUGGAGAAAUACCUGCUCAGUUAGCCAGUUUGCUAGACUUGGCAAACUUGAAUCUUUCUCACAAUGGCCUCUCUGGCCGCAUUCCUGAAGAAUUUGAAAGUUUAACUGCUUUGCAGGAUGUUGUCUUGUAAUACAAUGAGUUGGAAGGUCCAAUACCAAAUAAUAAAGCAUUUUUGACUGCCUUAUUAGAAGGUAAUAAAGGUCUUUGCGGCAAUGUAACAGGAUUCCAGCCUGGUGAAAGUCCAUUUUCUGUGGUGAAGAAGCACUCAAGACGUAAACUCAUCCUCGUCACUGUACUUCCUGUUAUGGGAGCACUAGUACUUCUCUGUGCUUUCAUUGGUGUUCUCCUUAUGUGUGAUAAAAGAAGGAAAGUUAAAGACGUUGAAAGACGGUAUGAUGGUUUGUUUUCGAUAUCCAUGUUAGAUGGAAAAGCAUUGUACAAGGAUAUCUUAAACGCCACAGAGGAGUUUGAUUCAACAUUUUGCAUCGGGCAAGGAGGACAUGGAAGCGUUUACAAGGUAAACCUUCCAUCAUUAGGGAAUAUAGCUGUGAAGAGACUUCAUUCUUCAUUUGAGAAUACACAUCGCAAAAGCUUCAUGAAUGAGGUAAGGGCAUUGAUAGGGACUAAGCAUCGGAACAUUGUGAAACUCUAUGGCUUUUGUUCGAAUGCAGAACACUCGUUCUUGGUUUACGAGUAUGCAGAGAGGGGGAGUUUGUCUAGUAUUUUGAGUAAUGAAGUUGAGUCCAAGAAUUUGGAUUGGCUUAAAAGGGUGAAUAUCAUCAAAGGUGUUGCUUUUGCUUUAUCUUACCUGCACCAGGAUUGCUCACCACCGAUUGUUCAUCGAGACAUAUCAAGCAGUAAUGUUUUGCUUGAUUCUGAGAAUGAAGCUCGAGUUUCAGAUUUUGGCAUAGCUAAGCUUCUCAUGCCAGACUCAUCCAACUGCACUACGCUUGCAGGCACAUAUGGCUUUGUUGCCCCUGAGCUUGCAUAUACAAUGAAGGUUACACAAAUGUGUGAUGUCUAUAGUUUUGGAGUAUUAGCAUUAGAGAUAAUCAAAGGAAAGCAUCUUGGGGAAUGCAUUACUCUGCUAGCAAAUUCAUCGACUAGAGAUCAUGUGCAGCUUAGUGAUUUACUGGAUGAACGCCUUCCAUGUCCUGAAGAUAAGAGUAAAAGAGGUUUUGUUUUUUAUCAUCAAUCUAGCAAGCUCUUGUUUGUUUGAAACUCCAAAAUCAAGGCCAACAAUGCACUUCAUCUCUCAUAGGUUAUCAUCAAUGGAUCUACGUCCACCUACUCAUCAGAUAAACCCCCAUGUAAGGCGAGCUAUAUAAUCCCUGAUGGAAAUGAAUAACCUUUGACACCAAGUGUUUGUGAUGUAAGUAAUUUGAUGAGAAGGUCCAUGACAAAAUCUAGAAGAUACUGUUUCAUUACUAGAUUUUCUAGAAGCCUUGUAGUAACCUCGUAAGAAGAAUAAAGUUCUCUUUUGCUAAAUCUAUUUUGUAAAUAUGGUGCCCGGCUCUUCCUUAAUGCUGAUGAAUAUACUGUUACCAUUCUCAAAAAAAGGUCCAUGACAAAAUUAUUACUGGGAUUAAUAUUUCUGAUUGUUAGGGUGCUAAUAAAAUAUGAUUCAUACUGCAAUUUUGUAUAACGACAUUUAAGCCAGAUACCAAAAUAUUCCAGCUUUAUAAACAAAGAAAAAUCACUGCCUGGUCACAAACAUAUAUCAGCUAUAAAAUUAUCAAUACUCGAAUCAUUGCAAUUCAGAAUUCAGAAGUAUUCACAUAAGGGAUGAAUUGUGCAACCAUAGAUAAUCCAGAAGUAUUUAUGUUUCAGAUAGGCCAAUAAAAAAUUAGAGAAAUAAAACUUAUUAUCUGCAUUUAUAGAUAAUUUACUAAAUGAA